GGAGGCGAGGCGUCCCAUUACAGAGGAAGGAGCUCGCUAUAUAAGCCAGCCAAAGCUGGCUGCACUGGCCACAGCCUGCCUACUGUCACACGCUCUCCCGCGCGCAGACACACACCCGCCUCUCCUCCGCACAAAGACGGCGCGGGCGCGGGGUGACACUGGGGGGCAGCGCACGUGGGAGCCCCGCGGCUGCUCACAUCCAGGUGCUUAUUCCAUGGAGCUGGUUCGCUCAAGGAUCUAGGUGUUUCCCAGUUCCGGAAAGAAGAGAAUUCCUUCAAGAAGAUCAGAAACGACUGAUUUGGGUUCUACUCUGUGCUUCCAAAUCCCCAAUUCUGCCUGAUAGUGAGACACUCUAGGACUGUAGAACCCCAGAAACGUCCAGCCAAACCCACUUCCACCAUGGGGGCCAUGACUCGGCUGUUGGCAGGCAUCUUCCUAGCUUUGCUCGCCCUCUCUACGGAAGGUGGGGUCCUCAAGAAAGUCAUCCGGCACAAGCGAGAAAGUGGGGUGAAUAUCUCCCUGCCAGAGGAAAACCAGCCAGUGGUGUUUAACCAUGUCUACAACAUCAAGCUGCCGGUCGGGUCCCAGUGCUCAGUGGAUCUGGAAUCAGGCAGUGGGGCGAAAGACCUGGCCCCGCCAUUGGAGCCCAGUGAAAGUUUCCAGGAGCACACAGUGGAUGGAAACAACCAGAUCGUCUUCACACACCGCAUCAACAUCCCCCGCCGGGCCUGUGGUUGCGCAGCUGCUCCUGACGUCAAAGAGCUUCUGAGCAGAUUGGAGGAGCUGGAGAACCUGGUGUCUUCCCUGCGGGAGCAGUGUACCACAGGAGCAGGCUGCUGUCUCCAGCCUGCUGAAGGCCGCCUGGACACCAGACCCUUCUGCAGUGGCCGGGGGAACUUCAGCGCUGAAGGAUGUGGCUGUGUUUGCGAACCGGGCUGGAAAGGCCCCAACUGCUCUGAGCCCGAAUGUCCAGGCAACUGUCACCUGCGAGGCCAGUGCCUGGAUGGGCAGUGCCUCUGCGACGAGGGCUUCACCGGGGAAGACUGCAGCCAGCUGGCCUGUCCCAGCGACUGCAAUGACCAGGGCAAGUGCGUGAAUGGGGUCUGCAUCUGUUUCGAAGGCUACGCCGGCGCUGACUGCAGCCAGGAGGUCUGCCCGGUGCCCUGCAGCGCGGAGCACGGCAGGUGCGUGGACGGCCAGUGCGUGUGCCAAGAUGGCUUUGCCGGCGAAGACUGCAAUGAGCCCCUGUGCCUCAACAACUGCAACAACCGCGGGCGGUGCGUGGAGAACGAGUGUGUGUGUGAUGCGGGCUUCACGGGCGAGGACUGCAGUGAACUCAUCUGCCCCAAGGACUGCUUCGACCGCGGCCGCUGCAUCAACGGCACCUGCUACUGCGAAGAAGGCUUCACGGGCGAGGACUGUGGUCAGCUCACCUGCCCCAACGCCUGCCGUGGCCAGGGCCGGUGCGAGGAGGGCCAGUGCGUGUGCGAUGAGGGCUUUGCCGGCGUGGACUGCGGCGAGAAGAGGUGUCCGGCCGAUUGUCACAACCACGGCCGCUGCGUAGACGGGCAGUGUGAGUGUGACGACGGCUACACAGGAGCUGACUGCGGAGAGCUGCAGUGUCCCAACGGCUGUAGUGGCCACGGCCGCUGUGUCAAUGGGCAGUGCGUGUGUGACGAGGGCUACACCGGGGAGGACUGCGCCCAGCUGCGGUGUCCCAGCGACUGUAACAGCCGGGGCCGCUGCGUCCAGGGGAAGUGUGUGUGCGAACAAGGCUUCCAGGGCUAUGACUGCAGUGAAAUGAGCUGUCCCCACGAUUGCCACCAGCACGGCCGCUGCGUGAAUGGCAUGUGCAUCUGUGACGACGGCUACACAGGCGAGGACUGCCGGGAGCUGCGGUGCCCCAGGGACUGCAGCCACCGGGGCCGCUGUGUGGACGGGCGGUGCGUGUGCGAGGACGGCUUCACCGGCCCCGACUGCGCAGAGCUCUCCUGCCCGAGUGACUGCCAUGGCCAGGGCCGCUGUGUGAACGGGCAGUGUGUGUGCCACGAAGGCUUCACAGGCAAAGACUGCAAGGAGCGGAGGUGUCCCAGCGACUGUCACGGCCGGGGCCGCUGCGUGGACGGCCAGUGCAUCUGCCAGGAGGGCUUCACGGCUCCAGACUGCGGGCAGAGGUCCUGCCCCAAUGACUGCAGUAACUGGGGGCAGUGCGUGGCAGGCCGCUGCAUCUGCAAUGAGGGCUACACAGGGGAAGACUGCUCAGAGGUGUCCCCUCCCAAAGACCUCAUCGUGACAGAAGUGACGGAAGAGACUGUAAACCUGGCCUGGGACAAUGAGAUGCGGGUCACGGAGUACCUCGUCACGUACACUCCCACCCACGAGGGCGGCCUGGAAAUGCAGUUCCGUGUGCCCGGAAACCAGACAUCCACCAUCAUCCAGGAGUUAGAGCCUGGCGUGGAGUAUUUCAUCCGUGUGUUUGCCAUCCUGGAGAACAAGAAGAGCAUCCCCGUCAGUGCCAGGGUGGCCACUUACUUACCUGCACCUGAAGGCCUAAAGUUCAAGUCCAUCAAGGAGACAUCUGUGGAAGUGGAGUGGGAUCCUCUGGACAUCGCUUUCGAAACGUGGGAGAUCAUCUUCCGGAAUAUGAAUAAAGAAGACGAAGGAGAGAUCACCAAAAGUCUAAGGAGGCCAGAGACCACGUACCGGCAAACAGGCCUAGCUCCUGGGCAAGAGUACGAGAUCUCUCUGCACAUUGUGAAGAACAAUACGAGGGGGCCAGGCCUGAAGAGGGUGACAACCACCCGCUUGGAUGCCCCCAGCCAGAUCGAGGUGAAAGAUGUCACAGACACCACUGCUCUGAUCACCUGGUUCAAGCCCCUGGCUGAAAUCGACGGCAUCGAGCUCACCUAUGGUGUCAAAGAUGUGCCAGGUGACCGCACCACCAUCGAUCUCACACAGGAUGAGAACCAGUACUCCAUCGGGAACCUGAAGCCAGACACGGAAUACGAAGUGUCCCUCAUUUCACGCAGGGGUGACAUGUCCAGCAACCCGUCCAAAGAGACCUUCACGACAGGUCUGGAUGCUCCCAGGAAUCUCCGUCGUGUCUCCCAGACAGACAACAGCAUCACCCUGGAGUGGAGGAAUGGCAAGGCGGCCAUCGACAACUACAGAAUUAAGUACGCACCCAUCUCUGGAGGGGACCACGCUGAGGUCGAAGUCCCGAGGAGCCCACAAGCCACAACCAAAACCACACUCACAGGUCUGAGGCCGGGAACUGAAUAUGGAAUUGGAGUGUCUGCUGUGAAGGGAGACAAGGAGAGCGAUCCGGCCACCAUCAACGCGGCCACAGACCUGGACGCACCCAAGGACCUUCGGGUUUCUGAAACUGCGGACACCAGCCUGACUCUGGUGUGGAGAACUCCAUCGGCCAAGUUUGACCAUUACCGCCUCAACUACAGCCUUCCCUCCGGCCAGCCAGUGGAGGUGCGGCUUCCCAAAGCCACCACCUCCUACGUCCUGAGAGGUCUGGAACCUGGACAGGAAUACCCCAUCCUCCUCACCUCAGAGAAGGGCAGACACAAGAGCAAGCCUGCACGUGUAACGGCAUCCACAGACCACACCCCUGAACUGGAAAACCUCACGGUGACCAAGGUUGGCUGGGAUGGCCUCAAACUCAACUGGACCACAGCUGACCAGGCCUAUGAGCACUUUGUCAUACAGGUGCAGGAGGUCAACAGGGUGGAGGCGGCUCAGAACCUCACGGUGCCCGGCAGCCUGAGGGCAGUGGAAGUCCCGGGCCUCAAGGCCGCCACCCCUUAUAGAGUUACCAUCUACGGGGUGAUCCGGGGCCAUAGAACACCAGUGCUGUCUGCUGAGGCCUCCACAGGGGAAAGUCCCAAUUUGGGAGAGGUCACGGUGUCCAAGCUGGGCUGGGAUGCCCUCAAGCUCAACUGGACCGCUCCGGAAGGAGCCUAUGAACAGUUUCUCAUUCAAGUGCAGGAGACUGACAGAGUAGAGGCAGCCCAGAACCUCACAGUCCCAGGAGGACUGAGGUCCGUGGACUUGCCUGGGCUCAAAGCAUCCACUCGUUAUAGCAUCACCAUCCGCGGGGUCACUCGAGACUUCAGCACAGCCCCUCUGUCUGUUGAAGUCUUGACAGAGGAGGUUCCAGAUCUGGGAAACCUCACAGUGACCGAGGUUAGCUGGGAUGCCCUCAGACUGGACUGGACCACCCCAGAUGAGAUCUAUGAGCAGUUUGUCAUUGAGGUCCAAGAGGCUGACCAGGCCAAAGAAGCUCACAGUCUCACAGUUCCUGGCAGCCUGCGCUCCGUGGAAAUCCCAGACCUCAGGGCUGGGACCCCUUACACAGUCACCCUGCACGGCGAGGUCAGGGGCCGCCGCACUCGACCCCUUGCUGUCGAGGUCAUGACAGAGGAGCUCCCUGAGCUGGGAGACUUAGUCGUGACCGAGGCUGGCUGGGAUGGCCUCAAACUCAACUGGACCGCAGCUGACCAGGCCUAUGAGCUCUUUGUCAUACAGGUGCAGGAGGUCAACAGGGUGGAGGCGGCUCAGAACCUCACGGUGCCCGGCAGCCUGAGGGCAGUGGAAGUCCCGGGCCUCAAGGCUGCCACCCCUUAUAGAGUUACCAUCUAUGGGGUGAUCCGGGGCUAUAAAACACCAGUGCUGUCUGCUGAGGCCUCCACAGCCGGAGAACCUGAAAUUGGAAACUUAAAUGUUUCCGCCAUAACUCCUGAGAGCUUCAAUCUCUCCUGGACAGCUACUGAUGGGGCCUUCGAGACCUUUACCAUUGAAAUUAUUGAUUCCAAUAGGUUCCUGGAGACGAUGGAAUAUAACGUCUCUGGUGCUGAACGAACUGCCCACAUCUCAGGGCUCCGCCCUAGUAACGAUUUUAUUAUCUACCUCUCGGGACUUGCUCCCAGCAUCCGGACCAAAACCAUCAGUGCCACAGCCACCACAGAGCCAGAGCCACAGUUGGGCAUACUAAUCCUUAGCAAUAUUACUCCUGACAGCUUCAACGUGUCAUGGACCACUCGAGCUGGGCCUUUUGCAAAGAUUGUUAUCAAUGUUAGUGAUUCUCAGUCGCUCCAUGAGUCACAGCAAUUCACAGUCUCAGGAGAUGCACAGCAUGCUCACGUCACCGGCUUGGUGGAGAACACUGGCUAUGAUGUUAGUGUGACAGGGACCACCUGGGCUGGGGACCCCAGCAGACCCCUCACUGCCUUUGUCGUGACAGAGGCCCUGCCCCUUCUGGAAAACCUAACCAUUUCCGACAUUAAUCCCUACGGGUUCACAGUUUCCUGGAUGGCAUCGGAGAAUGCCUUUGACAGCUUCCUAGUAACGGUGGUGGAUUCUGGGAAGCUGCUGGAUCCCCAGGAAUUCACACUUUCAGGAACCCAGAGGAAGCUGGAGCUCAGAGGCCUCAUAACUGGCAUUGGCUAUGAGGUUAUGGUCUCUGGCUUCACCCAAGGGCACCAAACCAAGCCCUUGAGGGCUGAGAUUGUUACAGAAGCCGAGCCGGAAGUUGACAACCUUCUGGUUUCAGAUGCCACCCCAGACGGUUUCCGUCUGUCCUGGACAGCUGAUGAAGGGGUCUUCGACAGUUUUGUUCUCAAAAUCAGAGAUACCAAAAAGCAGUCUGAGCCACUGGAAAUAACCCUACUUGCCCCCGAACGUACCAGGGACAUAACAGGUCUCAGAGAGGCCACUGAAUACGAAAUUGAACUCUAUGGAAUAAGCAAUGGAAGGCGGUCCCAGCCAGUCAGUGCUAUAGCAACAACAGCUAUGGGCUCCCCAAAGGAAAUCAUUUUCUCAGACAUCACUGAAAACUCCGCCACUGUCAGCUGGAUGGCGCCCACUGCCCAGGUGGAGAGCUUCCGGAUUACUUACGUGCCCAUUGCAGGAGGGACUCCCUCGGUGGUAACUGUGGAUGGAACCAAGACUCAGACCAGGCUGGUGAAGCUCUUACCUGGUGCGGAGUACCUUGUCAGCAUCAUCGCCAUGAAGGGCUUUGAGGAAAGCGAGCCUGUCUCUGGAUCAUUCACCACAGCGCUGGAUGGCCCGUCUGGCCUGGUGACAGCCAACAUCACUGACUCAGAAGCCUUGGCCAUAUGGCAGCCGGCCAUCGCCCCCGUGGACAGUUACGUCAUCUCCUACACAGGGGAGAGAGUGCCAGAAAUUACACGCACGGUGUCCGGGAACACGGUGGAGUAUGCGCUGACCAGUCUCGAGCCUGCCACGGAAUACACGCUGAGGAUCUUUGCGGAGCAAGGGCCCCAGAAGAGCUCAGCCAUCACUACCAAGUUCACAACAGACCUCGAUUCUCCAAGAGAUUUGACUGCUACUGAGGUUCAGUCGGAAACUGCCCUCCUCACCUGGCGACCCCCCCGGGCGUCUGUCACUGGUUACCUAUUGGUGUAUGAAUCCGUGGAUGGUACAGUCAAGGAAGUCAUUUUGGGUCCAGACACCACCUCUUAUAGUUUGGCAGAGCUGAGCCCAUCCACCCACUACACUGUCAAGAUCCAGGCAUUGAAUGGGCCCCUGAGGAGCAAGCUAGUCCAGACUUUCUUCACCACAGUUGGACUCCUGUACCCAUUCCCCAGGGACUGCUCCCAAGCGAUGCUGAAUGGAGACACGACCUCGGGCCUCUACACCAUUUAUCUGAAUGGCGAUAAGGCCCAGCCGCUGGAAGUCUUCUGUGACAUGACCUCUGAUGGGGGUGGAUGGAUUGUGUUCCUGAGACGCAAAAAUGGACGUGAGGAUUUCUAUCGAAACUGGAAGGCCUAUGCUACUGGGUUUGGGGACCGCAGAGAAGAAUUCUGGCUUGGGCUGGACAACCUGAACAAAAUCACAUCCCAAGGGCAGUACGAGCUGCGAGUAGACCUGCGGGACCACGGGAAGUCAGCCUAUGCUGUCUAUGACAGGUUCAGCGUGGGUGAUGCCAAGACGCGCUACAAGCUGAAGGUGGAGGGGUACAGCGGGACAGCAGGUGACUCUAUGGCCUAUCACAAUGGCAGAUCCUUCUCCACCUAUGACAAGGACACGGACUCAGCCAUCACCAACUGUGCCCUCUCCUACAAGGGGGCUUUCUGGUACAAGAACUGUCACCGUGUCAACCUGAUGGGGAGAUAUGGGGACAAUAACCACAGUCAGGGUGUUAACUGGUUCCACUGGAAGGGCCACGAAUAUUCAAUCCAGUUUGCUGAGAUGAAGCUGAGACCCAGCAACUUCCGAAAUCUUGAAGGCAGGCGCAAACGAGCAUAAAUUCCAGGGACAACUGGGUGAGAGAGAAGUAGGGCCCAGAGAAAGAAAAAAAUUUUACCAAAGCAUCGAUACAAUCAAUCUAACCACCAAGCCACACCUGGACAUUUGGCAGGAGUUAAAGUUGACCAUGGAUCAUCAGGGCCAAAGGCAGCAGCACUGUCCUGGCCCCCCUCUGCGGUGACUUCCUUCACACCAAAGACGACAGUCUCCAACCUGUUUCCGUUUUGUUGUUUGAAUCAGCAAAAAUCUUCCAGUGACAGCAUCGCCAUGGUUUUCCUUCUCUUGGGUGGCUCUGGGAAUGGGAGAGGGGUAGGCUGUACAGUGGUAGUUUUAGGACUGUAUUUUACCCAAAGCUAUGUAAUUAAUUAUCAUUAUUUUUGUUAGCAAUGAGUCAAUGUGUGUCAUUGGAAGCCGUCCCUUUUUUUACAUUUCAUACAACAGAAACCAGAAAAGCAAUACUGUUUGAAUUUUAAGGAUAUGAUUAAUAUUAUUAAUAUAAUAAUGAUGAUGAUGAAAACUAAGGGUUUUUAAAGAGAUCUUCCUUUCCCAAACACAUCUGGACAGUACCUGAUUGUAUUUUUUUUUUAAUAAAAGCACAAGUACUUUUAAA